GCCCACAAGGACUAGUAGAAGGAUCACAUGCAGUUACAUCUAAGAUGAAUUUAAUGUUGAAAUGUUAGAAAUCUAUGUUAAUUUUAAGGAACUUGAACUGUUGAUGUAUUUGUGUUUAAUUGUGAUGUGUAUGGAGCCUUUUGUAAUCGGCUACAAUAUCUAGUAAUUGAGAUUCAUGUGAGUUUAGGUUAAGUAUUUAUUGUUUAGUUGUUGGCUGAAAUAUUCAUAUUCAAUGGAGAGCCAUUGACAGAUAGUGUAUUUUGUUCUCUGGAUGUUUUGAUUACAAAUCGUAUUGGUUAAUAUUAGAAGGAUAAGAUUAAUUGUGUUGGUAUAGUAUUAAGUUGCUGUAAAUAACUGGGCUGAGGAAUGCAACUAUUGAGUGGCAAGAAAAGGGUAUCAGGGUCAGAUAUCUAACACUGCAAGGACACUGUACAGAUGAGUUAACUAACAGAACAUGAACCCAUUCCAAGACUGGACACAGCUGUUUCAUCAGUUGCAGGUGCUAUCGGCCUAUCAUGUGGAGAGAUCAUCAAUCCACAAGGAGUAUGGUUCCAAAAGAAAGCAGAUGUCCUUAUGACAGGUGACUAUUGGAGGAUCCUGGUAGUUAUCAACAUCACUGAAAUCAGUCACGAACUCUCUCAACUACACAAUCAGACCCAAGAAAUGCAGAAUGCCAUCACCACUGCUUUGGAAAAAAUGCCUGCACUACACAUUCAAAAGCAAGCCUUCACCAGCAUCAGCGAUAUGCAGGAUGACAUCUCUGACUCCGUUCGAACCCUAAUGGAUCUUCUGUACCAAGGAAGAGGAAGAAGGGGGCUGAUCAAUGCGGGAGGGAAACUUCUCUGUGUAAUCUUUGGAGUGGCAGAAGACGAGGAUCACAGCGAGGGGGCACUCCAAGCUCAAACUGCAGGCCUCAUUCAUGUGGAGAAGGAACACUUGACCCUGACCCAACAUUUAAGUCGCAGAGUGGCAGAAAACAGUAGAGAGCUGGUUGAAAUUGCAAGGGAAUGUUCAAAGAACACUAAUGAGAUAGUCUCUGCAAUAAAGAAACUUAACCAAAAGGUGGUUAAGAUCGAAGAACUUUUGGAUGUCUAUAUUAACACAUCCUCAGCCCUACAGAAUUUAAGAUUAGCAAGUAGUAAUGCAUUGUUAGAUUUAAGAAAACUGAUAACGAUUAUUAAUGAAGUGUCAUAUUGUAGGUUAAGUAUCAAUUUAUUGUCUCCUGUUGAGUUAAGUAAUAUUUUGGAAAAAGUUCGAUCAAGCCUGUCAGAUGGGUUGGAGUUGCCAUUUGUGACGAACCCCACCAGUGCUUAUCUGUACUACAAUAUCAUGCGAGUGCAUGCUGUAUCCGUUGGUGGCUUAAUAAAACUGAUUGUGAUGGUGCCAUUAAUGUCUCCUGGACAGAGAUUUGAACUUUUCCAGGCUUUUGCAUUGCCAGUUCUUGACAACCAGACCCAGCUGAUGAUACAAUACCAGCUGAAGCCUGCCCACCGCAUGCUGAUGACACCUUAUUGGGCUCGGUUAGCAGUCAUCCACCAACAACAACUGGAGCAGUGUGAAGCGGGGCCAUUGACUGUAUGCUUAGUGAUGACUCCAGUCUACAGCCGACAUCAUCCAUCCUGCCUGAGUGCACUGUUCCUGAACGACCUUGCUGCAGCUCAACAACAGUGUCAGCUGACUGUGCUUGCCGCCAACCCAGCAGACACUUGGGUCUGGAAUGAUCAAGAUGACACCUGGAUUUACAGUGUAGCAUCCAAGCGGCAGGUUGUCUCGCAAUGUCAGCAGGGCAACCAGAUCAUUGUACAUGAGUUAACACUCCAUGGAACUGGACACCUGGCUGCACCUUGAGUAAGUCCCACUACCAGAUCCUCCCAUCAGCUUGUGCCAGAGGGCACCUCAAUCUUCAGAAGCACUUGGCUCUCCUUAGUGUGCCUCCUGCUCUCAUGCUGACUAUCCAAGGCAUGACUAGAGAGCAGAUACUGGAGGGCAUCCACCAUCAUCAGACCGAGGGUCACCUGAAACCUGGUGAGCUUGGUGUAGAUGAGGUGUCCAUUGACCAGCUGCUACACCAUCUGACAUCCCUGGAAGAUCAACCCAAUGCUGAGGGGUGGAGCUGGUGGCUCACCUCAGCACUCACCUUUGGAGCCACCCUUGCUGCUUUCGCUGCGCUGGCUGCAGGGUUGGUCUGGGACCGCCACCGGAACUCAGCCCAGAGCAAGGAUGCUUUGGUAUCAGCAGAGCAGCCCUCUACAAUGGAUGUUGCAGGGGACUCUACACCACCCACCCAGGAUCCUGAGGAGCCGCGGGAAUCCUAGUGCGCCCUUUUUCUAGGGAGGAGGUGAUGUAAUGGAAGCAAUUGAAAGUAGUGUUAUUGAAAUUAGUGAAAAUUAGAACGUUAUAUUUUAUUUGCUGGCUGCCUAGCAUAGGCUACAGAAAGCUUGCAUUUCUUCAACCGAUGGACGAGGUGAGGAUUGCGAACUGCCUAGCUUGCAUCCCAGCCUGGGAAAGAUAGUUUCCAUCCACUCGUCAACAGUUUCCAGCUCUUCUUCCCCCCUGCCAUAGUCUAGUUUUCUACGUGUAGGCCUAGGAAGAGUUGGACCUGAGACAAAAAUUGCAUUCUUUCCGUGCACUCUUGUUUUAACCAUUGAAGCGAACACAGCACGCUCAGACACCAAUUCUUUUCGGGAGUGUGGAUCCCCCAAAUCAUCGUUUAAUGGAUUUCUUCAGCGUCUUCAUUAUGGAGAAGAAUUUAACACUGUACGUUCUAGGAGUGCUAGCGCCAAAUGAGCUAGCUGAUCUUGUUCCAGAUGUUUUAAGGAGAUCUGAAUUUUGGAGAAACCUCUAGUCAUGGAAUGACGAUUUCAAAAAAAUGGAGAACAGCCGGAAUUCAUUGCCACUAGUCAACUUCAGAGCAAUUGUAGAUCCAGAGCUAUAUGAUCCAGAUACCAGUGUAACAAGCAUUGGAGCCUCAGAGUUUGAAAUCGAAAGGAUGAUAAGGAGUGAGCCAGCAUCAUGUAUCAGCACUCCAAUCAGUAUUAUUAUGUUAUGUUUUAACUACAGAAAAAUGAAUAUUUUCAUAGUGACUUGGUAAUCUUUGGAAGUUUUAUAUAUUAAUAUUAAUUUCUUAAUCUUGAAUAUAAUUUUGUUCUUUUCGAUGAAAUUUGUAUUUUGUGAUUAACAACCAUGUUAUGUUCUACCUACAGAAAAAUGAAUAUUUUCUUAGUGACUUGGUAAUGUUUGGAACUUUUUUAGUAUUAUACUUGAGUAUAAAUAACAUAUUGUAAAUUGUCUGAAUAAUAAGGUGAA